AAGUGGUGGAAGUAAAACUAUUACAGACGAAGACCCAAUGAGUGACGUGAAAGAUGAAGUUAAAGCUGAUGGCGACAAAAAUAUUGAGCAGCAGCAAGCAUUACCAAAAGUUGUUGAUGCUGACAUUCCAAUGACAUUUGUGGAGACAGAUCACGAUUCACUUGAACACCAUAAGAAAAAUGAUAACAAUGAAGAUAAAGAAAGUGACUCAUUGAAACAAGACGAGAUCUUAAGUACUGUGCGUCUAAUAGGUGAGCCACUAGCCACACAUGGCCCAUACACGUUUUACAGUGCGUUAGCAUAUCGUAAAUACAAUGAUAUAACAAAAAAAAAGAGACGGCGAUGGAAAAAAUCAAUAAUAAAAGUAGAUGAUGAAAGUGAUAACGCUGGCGAGUCUUAUGAUUCAUCAUCGUCAUGUUGCUGUGCCAAUAAUGAUACUGGCAAUGAUUUAUGUUUCUGUGAUAAUGAAUCAUUGUCAUCAACGUCUUCAUCAUCRUCUCAUUCUGAAUGGUCUGUUGUGCACAUGAAUCAUUUCUAUGCAGUCCGCCCAUGGUAUAGCAAAAAAAACAGCAGUAUUAGUGACCGGCAGCAGCUACAGCAGCAGAGACGUCAUCGAGAUAAUUCACCAAAAUUGGCGAAUACAACUGCAGAAGCAGAGAGGCGACAGCAUCACUAUCAGCAAUCAGUUUGUAUUGGUGAGCUGGAGUUAUUAUGGCGUGAUGACAGYGUAGUAACGUCUUCAACAGCUCCGUCGUCUUCGUCACAACUCAAGAAACGUAAUAAUAACAGAAUUGUGCCACCUGCACUGUUAACAGUGGCAUCAAAUGGCGGYGAUGAUGGAACAGAUACUAUGAUAAGCAGUAGCAACAACCAUAGUAGUGCUGUUGCCAGUUCUGAUGACGACGAUGGUGUUAGUGGUGGAUUUGAUGAUGAUUCAUCAACAUUAUUGCCACGCCGUCGCACUUUGCCCAGGCGCACUCGUCAGCCAUCUGCUAAGAAACUCGAGGCUGCAGAAUCUUAUGCCGCAGUGGCAGCUGCAGCAACAUCUGAUAACCAUCUCUCAUCACAGUCAUCAUACAGCCGCAAUCGUGUAUCGACAGCUGCGCAGUCGGAGUCCACUUCUGUAGCUGUUCCACUGUUGUCGCCAGACGCUCAGUAUAGUCAUGGAAAUGUACUGUGCAGCGUUCGGUUAUACGUUAUGCCUGAUCAGACAGCAGCUGGUCGACUUGGUGGAGUACAUGGUGAGGAUGAAGUGUUAGAGAUCAACACUUGGAGUGGUAGUGGUGGUGCAGAAAGAUGGCCGAGUAAUAUAUUUACUAACGGUAACAGCGGUGUAGGAUCUAUCUACAAUGGUGGUGGUAGUGUUGACGAUUAUGGCUAUGGUAGUGGAAGUCAUUCAUCAGGAACACUCCCGUCUGGCUGUUCAGGGUUAGUAUUGAGAGCUGAAGAUUUUGUUGAAUGGGUUCGCGGUGGAAUGAUGAAUGAUGAUGACGAAAAUGAAGAAACAGAGUCUGAUGAUGAGUCGUCAGAAUCUGAUUGUGAUAACAACAGCUCUAAUGAUCAAAAAUGCGACAAAAUAGAAACUUCAAAAUUGAAGGAUGAACAACUCUCAGAACUGUCAUCAUUAGUAACAGAUACAAAGGUUGAUGUAAAACAAUGUCAGGAAGAGAUUUUAAAAACUUGGCACAAUGAUAAAAACAUUAAAGUGAAAUUAGAAUCAACCUUGAUCAAAGAUGAAGUGAUAAAUGAAAAUUUAUUUUCUGUAAAUUCAGAAAAAGUGAAGAAGGAACAAGUAGAGGUGACUGAUACUGCUGAUUUUGGUGUCGAAGGUAGUAAAACAAUAAAACAGAAACAUGAUAGUAGUGACAGUAAUUUUAUCUCUAAAUAUGCUAUUGACGAGGCUGUAGAAGCAGAGAAUGUUCCCUUAGCUGCAGCUAGAAUUCAUAAAAAACACUGUGAACGUGUUACUUACUGUCAUCGACACUGCCGUCGACAGCGCCAUCGUUUAAAUCAUAGAUCAUUAGAAAAUGGUGAUAGCUCUAGCACUGCCACUAAGAAAAAUGAUUGUCUCCAUUAUAAUGAAUCAACGGUGAUAAAUAAAGUUGUAAAAAAACAAGACAAUGAUAAAAAAUGCUGCUGCUAUUGUUGUAAACGCCGUCGUCAAAGUAACCAACAAUAUGAAAAAAGAACAAAAAGCAAUGUUACUGUUGGCAGUUGUAUUAAACAACGAUUGGUGGUUAUGAGCUACUCUCGAUACUGCAGAUAUAGAGCUCAAUUGCAACGUAAGCGUGAAGAGCAGUUGAUCCAAGGAAAUACCCCUGUUGUCAUUGCUGAUAAUAAAGUUAAGUUGAUGACAGCCACUUCCCAUGGAGUAGAUUCAAUGACCAGAGUACUAUUUUGUCGAGACACUUAUGAUUAUCCAGCUGAACUUCUGUUGGAGCCUUUUAACGCACAACAAAACCAUCAGCAAAAUACGGCAAUAUUGGUCAACCACAUGGCGCCUAAACUCAAAGGUUGGCCCUCUCAUCCAGCAUCCUGGAUGUCAUUUCGAUGGAACCGAGUGCGCCGUCGGUUACGUCAUCUCGAGCGUGGUGGUGAUAACAAUGAUGACCGACGUAGGCGUCAUCGACGUCGAAAGCUUAAGAAAAAGUGUAGUCGACAGCAAAAUGGGGCCAGUGGGGCGACUGUAGGAAUGAAUUAUGCGUCAUCAACUGAUGAUGAUGAUUCAGAUGAUUCAGAUUCUGAUGAUGGGUCUUCUGCUACAAAUGAUGCUGCCUCGAAUUCCACUUCUGAUGCUUCUACCUCUGAUUCGGAUAGCGCACCACCACCAUCAUCAAUAGUAUCUAAAACUGCUAAUAAAAAUAAUUCCUCUACAAAAGUGAACAGUCAUCACAGUAAUAAAAAAACUAUUUCUACUUCAUCUACUGGAAACAUGAUCGUAAUUAACGGUGCUACUACUGUAUCUGCAGCUGUAAUUAAUAAACGUUCAGCAGCGGUUAUUGGGCAACCUGGUCAGCAACAACCGACUAAACGUCGCCGGGUGGUUUAUACCUCAGAGCAACUUCAAAACCAACAUCCAAACCAACCACGAGUAAUUUACCAGCAGCAACAAUCACAUCCAAGAUCUAGACAGCCCCAGCAACAGCAGCAGUAUAGUCACCGAUCUAGACAAUUAGAACAGUUUAAUCAGCUUAACCAAUCCCAGCGUCAACAACAUGUCUUCGCUACUCAGCAGCAACAACAAAAACUACAGCCAUUAAACAGACGACUGCCACCACCCAUUUCGUCUCUACAAUCUUCAACAACUAGAAUAAUACAUCAUCACUUGCCACCUUCAGUAUCUAUCAUGCCAGUCAUAGUCCCCACUUCUAAUAGUUCUCCACAUCAACAACUACAACGAUUUAAUAAUCGACUGCAAAACCGUCAAAAAAUACAUGCUACUACUACAGUUUUACCAGUAACUUCUCAGCGAAGAAAUAAUAACUUUGAACRACAACAAAUGUCUCUUCCGCCUGUCAUAAUAGAGUAUGACGACGACGAUGAACACCAAGAGUAUGGAUCUGAUGAUAAUGGUCGAUACAAAAAAUCUACAGUGGCGGCAAUGGUAGCUUGCCAAAGACGUGUUUCACACCAAAAUUUUAACGAUGAGCAAAGACAACAGCGAGAAGAUGAAGAAAGGCAGCGUCGGUGGCUAGUAGAUGCUUUGCGAUUGGGUGGGUUGGAAGUUACCGCGGUACCUUUAAAUGCAAGUGCUAGUAGUGGAAACAGCGCUGGAAAAGAUGCUAGUGCUGCAGUAACUUCACAACAACGUCGGCGGCGUGGUGUGUCAUUUGAAUCAUUGUUGUCCGCAAACAACGAAGACUAUAAUGAUGGCAUUCAGAAUGAACUAAGUCACGGUGGUACUGACGAUGACUCAAAUGUAGAUUCAGACUCAGAUUCUGUAGUGAUGACUGUGACGCCUGAUGUUGUAUGCCUAUUGAACAAGUCUCAACAACAUCAGCAGCAAAUAUCUCAUCAAAGACAGACAUCACCAGGAAAUGGUUUGACAUCAACAACCUCGGUUACAAUGAGUCAACAUCAUCAUCAGCCACGGCGGUCAGCUAACAUGAACCACAGUAACAUUGGUGACCAGCAGCAUACUACAGCAGCGGCGGCAGCAGUGUUACAUGAUAAAAUAAAUCGCGCAAUUGAUUCACUGAAAUUGCAGCAGCAACAACAAAAGCCAAACGAAGACACGCCAAUCAGUAAUAACAGUAACAAUGUAUUAUUGACCGGUGAAACUAAUCAUGAGAUUCCUAUUAGUGACAAUAAUAAUAGACAACAGCAAAGACUGCGCAAAAAUUGUGGUGUUGUCCGGCAACAACAGACGUCAGCCCUUCUGGACCUUUCUGUUAAGUCAUCAAUGUUAGCAAACAUCACAAGACAACAAAGGACAAUGUCAACAGUUGUGAACAGCAACGUCAGCAACCCACAGAAUCAGCAAAACCGAAAAAGCUUAAUACCAUUCCAUUCUACUAUCACUUCAGGACCUUCAACUGCCGCGACUAACCUAGAAAUUACAAUUGUACCUGUWACAACUUCGGCCACAUCUAAUUCAUUGAGGCUUCCAUCACAGCAACAACAUAAACGUAACUUGUCAGCAGCAGCACAUAAUAGUGGUAGUUCUGCUGCUGGUUCUUCAGCUCCUAUGACAGUUAGGCAACAACUACAACGUCGGAAUGCAACUGUGGUCUCAACAACUACUGCAUCGGCAUCCAUUGUAGACAUGUUAUGUGGAGGCAGAAGUCGAAACCAUCAACAACGUAAUAGUAGUAGUAUGUCUGUAACAGCAACAUCUACUAUUACUACUUCUACUCCUUCUUUGCAGCACAAUCAACAGCAAGAAAUGCUGUUAAUCGCUGCUACUGCAAUGGCUGCUCAACAACAAAAAACUGAUAAACGUAAGUCACAGCAUAACAAAAAAGAUUAAAAUGAUCAUUUACCAAUUAUUCAGUUAUUCAGUGUAAAAUAAUAGUUGAGAAAAUGGAGACUAUGAAAUUUUGGUUUGAACGAAGUAUAAUUUAUUUAUGCAUAUAUAUUAUAAUCAUAAUGUAUUAUUAUAUGUCCUAUAAUUUUAAAAAUAACAUACAGAUUAAAGUUAAGUAUAUUGUAUCUGGUUUAUUUUAUGUAAAAAAUUUAAAACGUAAGGUGUGUGUAUAUGUGUGWAUGUGUGUAUGUUUUGU